AUGAAGCUCCUCAUCAAAUCCCUCGCCGGUGGCAACUUCCACCUCGAUGCCGAGCUCUCGGACACCAUCGGCACCAUCAAGCAAAAGAUCCAGUUCGAACAGGGCCACAAUCCCGAAUGCCAAAAGAUCAUCUUCUCCGGCAAGAUCUUGACCGACGACAAGACCGUCGCCGACUGCAACAUCAAGGAGAAGGACUUUCUCGUGGUGAUGGUCUCCAAGCCCAAGGCUCCCAAGCCUGCUGCACCCGCCGCCGCAUCAUCCUCCUCCUCCUCCACCACAACAGCAGCCGCAGCCGCAGACACUGCCAAGCCCGCCGAGUCGGCUCCUUCCACCACCACCACCACCACCACCGAGAGCGACAAGCCUGCUCCGGCCGCACAAGCCGGCUCGACUGCCGCCCCGUCAUCCACCGAGGCGAGCGCCGCACCCGCUGCUGCCGACGCCACCCCGGCAGGCGCCGGCGGCUCGUCCGGCAGCUUCCUCACGGGCGGCCCGCUCGAGGCCGCCAUGCAGGGCAUGAUGGAGAUGGGCUUUGAGCGCGACCAGGUGCAGCGUGCCAUGCGUGCCGCCUUCAACAACCCGGACCGCGCCGUCGAGUAUCUCAUGACCGGCAUCCCCGACCACCUCGCCAACCCACCAGCCGAGCAGUCCGCACAGACGCCCAGCGCCGCCGCCAACGCGCCCGCCACCCCCGCAGCCCCGUCCGCAGGCGCUGCCGCACGCGUGCCCGCCACCCCCGCCACACCCUCCCCCGCCAGCGGCCGCGCUGGCAAUCUCUUUGAGGCCGCCGCCGCCGCACAGCAGGCAGGCCGAGGCGGUGCACGCGGUGCUGGUGCGGCUGGUGCCGGUGCAGGCGCAGGUGCAGGCGCAGCGAGCCUGCUCGGCGAAGACGACGGCUCGGGCGAACAGGUGAUCGACCUGGGCAACCCAGCCAUGCUGGCGCAGCUGCAGCAGCUCGUGCAGCAGAACCCGGCGGCGCUCCAGCCGCUCGUCCAGGCCAUCGCCCAGUCCAAUCCGCAGCUCGCCGAGGCCAUGAACCACGAUCCGCAGGGCGUGCUCUCGCUGCUCGCCGGCGGUGCGGGCGGCGCGGGCGACGAGAUGGAGCUGCCCACGCUCGCCGAACUCAGCGACGAGGACCGCGCCGGCGUCGAGCAGAUCGUCGCCAUGGGCAUCCCCGAGGACAAGGCCAUCGAGUCGUUCUUCAUGUGCGGCAAAAACGUAGAGAUGGCCGUGCAGUACUACUUUGAGAACCCGCAGGAUUUCGACGAUUAG